GGUGUUUAUGCAGAAGAUCCCCUUGCCAAUGUUCACCCUGAACUAAUUGAUCGAUAUCAUGGCACCUUUGGUAGCAUUCAACAACGGUGCACAGGCCAGACUGAUGCUGAGCAUCCUGAUGAUGAGGAUGGCUUUGACGAUGAUAUGCUGGAUGAACAGGAUGAGGCCAUAGUGGAUGAAGAUGCAAUUACAGAGGAGCUCGAGAACCAUGUUGCAGAUAGUCAAGAGUCAAAUAUCCGCCAUGCACCUAUCAAAGUUGUUCAACGUACAAAUCCAUUCAACUCGCAAGAUGCAGAAAACCUUUUCUAUGAAAUCUUUGCAGAGGUUCAGCAAGCAAAUAUAAUCCCACAAGAUUAUGGUGUCCUUCUAUAUGAGUGGAGUGAUCACAGCCAUCCGCAGACAGAGCAACUCAAGGUUGGCAAGAGGGGUAAAUACAUUGACAUAGCAGUACCAGAGGAUAUCUGGUUUCCCAGAGCUAUUCUGUGGAUACAGGCUUUGGAUACCCUUAGCAGAAUAAUAGACAUCCCUUCUGAAUGA